AUGGACAUUAAAGAGCUAUUGGUGACAGGAGAUUUAGAUUUAUUGAUCCACCAGCAUCCAGAUAAGAAUUACAUCAAUCCCAUCAAAGUGGAGAUACACGUCCAACAAGCCUACUAUUUCUAUGUAGAUGAAGAGCCAGAUGGAAAGCCGUGGUACUACGACAUUAAGAGGUUACUUGGAGCAGAAGGAUAUCUAGAAGGUGCUACUAGCAAGAGGACUCCAGACCUAGGAUUGCUGCAAUGCGUUAAUGCCAUGGAGGCCACGAGAUUGUUAGAGGAGAUACAUGCAGGAACCAGUGGACCCCACAUGAACGGUUUCAUGCUUGCGAAAAAAUUUUGGGAGCUGGAUACUUUUGGAUGA